GUCGGCGGCAGCGCAGCGGGAAGCACGUGCCACAAAAGCUCUCCAGGCCCAAGCCGAGCCGCACACUGCAGCUGGCAGCUCUGCCCGCGCGUAACUGCAGAACUAACUCUCUAACACAAACACACGUACAGUCCUCCGAGAGAAAGAGAGUAGGAUGCCUUCGCCCAAGGCGCGCUACGACGAGGUGCAGAUGAAAGAUGCCGCCCCCGAGGAAGCGGCCGCGCUGGGGGCGGCCGGCGGCGAUGACGGUGAGAUCCGCCUCAAAGCCAAGAUGUCGCUGCUCAACGGUGUCACCGUCAUCGUGGGCAGCAUCAUCGGCUCCGGCAUCUUCGUGUCGCCCACGGGCGUGCUCAAGAACACCGGCUCGGUGAACCUGUCGCUGAUCGUGUGGACCGCCUCGGGCGUCUUCUCCAUGGUGGGCGCCUACUGCUACGCCGAGCUGGGCUGCAUGAUCUCAAAGAGCGGCGCCGACUACGCGUACAUCAUGGAGACGUUCGGACCGUUUCUGGCGUUCGUGCGGCUCUGGAUCGAGUGCAUGAUCGUGCGGCCUUGCUCGCAGGCGAUCGUGGCGCUCACGUUCAGCGUGUACGUGCUCAAGCCCUUCUUCCCGGAGUGCGAUCCGCCGGACGACGCUGGCCGCCUGCUCGCCGUGUGCUGCAUCAUGGUGCUGACGUUCGUCAACUGCUGGGACGUGAAGUGGGCGACGCGCGUGCAGGACGUGUUCACGUACGCCAAGCUUCUGGCGCUGUUCGUCAUCAUAGCAGCCGGCGGCUACCAGCUCUGCGUGGGCCAGACAGAAUACUUUACAUUUGAAAAUACUAAAUCUGAAGUGACGUCUGUGGCCCUGUCAUUCUAUUCGGGGCUGUUUGCAUAUAAUGGAUGGAAUUAUCUGAAUUUCAUCAUUGAAGAACUAAAGGAUCCUAUAAGGAAUUUGCCCCGGGCCAUUGCAAUUUCAUGCACACUUGUCACUGUUGUCUAUGUCAUGACCAAUGUAGCAUUCUACACAACUUUAUCUCCAGAAGAAGUCCUGGGUUCUGAAGCUGUGGCUGUGACCUUUGCGAACCGCUUAUUUGGAUUUAUGGCAUGGACUAUACCAGUCUUUGUGGCAUUAUCCACUUUUGGAGCUGUUAAUGGAAUUCUGCUCACUUCAUCAAGAUUAUUCUAUGCUGGGGCAUGUGAGGGACAAAUGCCAGAAAUUUUAACAAUGAUUCAAAUAUCAAAGCUGACUCCUGCUCCAGCUGUACUCUGCAUGGCCUUACUGUCAAUGCUGUACUUGACUGUGUCUGACAUUGGAGCUCUGAUAAACUAUGUGGGCUUUGCAACUUGGUUGAGUAUUGGUGUAGCAGUAUUGUGCCUCCCAUGGUUACGAUGGACACAGCCCAACUUGGCUCGACCAAUCAAAGUCAACCUGUUCUUCCCUAUUAUUUACAUCCUGGCCAGCUUAUUCAUAACCAUUGUGCCAAUGCUGGCAAGUCCAGUGGAGACAGGCUAUGGCUGUCUUAUGAUACUCACAUCAGUUCCUGUUUACCUGAUAUUUGUCUAUUGGAAAAAUAAACCAAAGCCAGUACAAAAAUUUUUAGGUGCUGCAACACAUUGCCUCCAAAAACUCAUGGUUGUUGUUCGGCCACAGUCAAAGUAGCGGCAACACAUCUUGUGCAGAAACUCAUGAUGGUUGUUGGUGCACAGAAGCCAGCUCAGGUAUAAAAUCAGAGUUGUGGACCAAAAAGGCAAUGAUAUGAGCUGAUGGUGCAACUUGCUUGAAGAGAGAAGAUAAAAAAGAAUGAGAGUGAGUGAGUGAGUAUUGCCAGAAUGUCCCUGUUUACAAAAAGUAAAGUAUAAAUGUGGAUAUGUCAGGUUGUCAAAUUGACUUCAUUGGAAGUAUCAUUUUGAAACUAUUUAUUACCAUUCUUCAUUAUUUCCCAGACAAACCUUGUCCUCCCUUCUCUACCCUUUUCAUCAAUGUGUGGAUGUGAGGUAUAAGAUUUAAUUAAAUUUAGUAUUUUAAAAUAGCAGCUUAUGUUCAUUUCACUUCUCUCUUCAAUCAAGAAUAACCACCUUGUUGCAGAUGAUUGACAAUACAUAAUUGGCUGUAUAUUUUUAACAGUUGCACAUAAGACUCAAGUGUGAUGUGACUUGUUGAUGUUUCUGAAAUACUCAGAAACUGUGGACUGUAAAGUAAUAUGAUGUAGGCUAGGAUUGUAAGUACAGAAAUGUACUGGUGCAUGAAGAUUACUACUGAAUGAUGAGUUGCACUAAAUCAAUGUGAUUUUCUGUGUAAUCACUCAUAUCAUGUUUCAUAUAAGUUGAAAUACUCCAUGUGUACAGAACUCUUCCUGGUAGUUUUAUUUUAUUUGUAUUUUCUAAUUGUAUGUAAAAUGUGAUUUUAAGAAUGCUUUUAAAAGAAACAAGUGGUGAUGUUUUUAUGUUGUAAGAUUACUUAGCAAAGGAGAACAAGGAAUAUGUGAAACACAAUAUCAAGGAUUGUAUUUUUGAACUUGGAAGUCCAUUUGCUUUAUGAGGAGCAGUGUUAAAGUUUGCAUCAUCUUCAUUGUAAUUGCAUAUUCCCCGAAAUUACUGUAUGAGCUUUAAGUCUGCCAUUCCUGGAUGGCAGUGAAACUUGCAUUUCCUUUUGCAUAUACACAAUUGGCUCAAGGUUUGUACUGGUACAUGGUGCAACUGUAACUGUUUUUUUUUUUUUAAAUUUUGAGAACUGCUGUAUGCUUUAUUUUAAAAACACACAGUUCCAUCCAAACAUUCUACAGUCACAAACUUCAAUCAUUACUAUGAAAGUACUUAUAUGUCAAUGCUUUCACACUACUACUCAUAGCUCAGACAAUACUAAAUUGUAAGUCACACACACCCAGAAACGUGCAUAUUGUAAUGUAACUGAAGAUUGUAUAUGAAGAAAUGCCCAUUUGUUAUUAGCAUUGUGAGGGUAUCUUAAGUGUAACUUUUUGACAUGCUUUGCGUGUAUUUUGUUUUGUGGUUGGUUACAAAUGUUAAUGGUUCCUGAGUGUAAUUUAAUGCCAACAAAAUUCUGAAUUUUGGGAUACACCAAUAAAUUUUUUAUUUAUAACUGCAAACAAAUCUUUUAUUGUUGGCCUAGUGCCUCAAGCUGAAUGGAAUUUACUGUUCACAUUUGAAAUAUAUAUUUUUGUAAACUUUGUUCAGUACUGUAAAUAUUUAAUUAAAAGACACAACCAAUGGAUGGAGCUGAAACUCUGAAAUGUAGAUGUAUUCUGUUUUGUAAUAAGAGGAAAAGGGACAAUACAUAGACAAUGGAUAAAAAAAAGUACAUAUAUAUAUCUGUAUAAACUGCCAUACAUUUCCAGUGGCAGAAUAUCACAAUGUGUUCAUAACGACUGAGAUACAAAACGAAAUUAGAAAUGGGAGGAUACUGCAAAUAAAAUAAAGAUUAAUAACUAAA